AUGAUCACCGCCGACGAAAAGGCGCGGGCAGAGGACUUUUUGUCCUUUGUCAACGCUUCCCCUACCCCGUUCCAUGCUGUUGCUUCUGCAAUCAAGCGCUUUACCGAUGCCGGGUUCGAGGAGAUCAAGGAGAAAGACUGCUGGUCAGACGUCUGUAAGCCCGGAGGCAAGUACUAUGUUACUCGAAAUGGAUCUACGAUCAUUGCUUUUGCCGUCGGAAACAAGUGGAAGGCCGGUAACCCAAUUGCCAUGAUCGGUGCCCACACGGACUCUCCAUGCUUGAGAAUUAAGCCCGUUUCUAAGAGGACCAACGAAGGGUUCCUCCAGAUUGCCGUGGAGCCCUAUGGUGGUGGCAUAUGGCACACAUGGUUCGAUCGUGAUCUUGGUAUUGCUGGCCGUGUGAUGGUAAGGCAAGCUGAUGGCACCAUUUGCUCCAAAUUGGUCCACAUUGAUAAGCCAAUCUUGCGUAUCCCUACUCUAGCCAUUCACCUUGACCGCACAGAGACCUUUGCGUUCAACAAGGAGACCCAGCUUGUUCCAAUCUGCGGGAUGGUAGCCGCUGAGCUAUCCCGGACCAGCGGUGACUCUAAACCUGAGGGUGCUGGAGACUCGGUCUCUCCAUUCAAAAAGAUCUCGGAGCGUCACCACCCCUGUCUGAUUGAGUUGCUAGCAUCUGACUUGUCUGUCAAACCGGAUGAUAUCAUUGACUUUGAGAUGCUUCUCUACGACACUCACAAAUCUUGCCUCGGCGGUAUGAUGGAUCAGUUCAUCUUCUCGCCAAGACUAGAUAACCUGAACUCUUCCUUCUGUGCCACCGUCGCACUCGUUGAGUCGCUUGCAAGCCCCUCAGCUUUGGAAAACGAGUCAGCCAUCCGCCUGGUUGCCCUCUUUGACCAUGAGGAAAUUGGCAGCAGGACUGCCCAGGGUGCCGACUCAAACAUCCUCCCAGGAAUUAUCCACCGUCUGUCUAUGCUCCGCGUAUCUGGCAACAAGGCCGAUGAGGGAGACCUCUCUACUGCCUAUGAACAGUCACUUUCGACCUCUUUCCUUGUCUCUGCAGAUAUGGCGCAUGCUGUCAACCCCAACUAUGCGUUUAAAUAUGAGUCGGAACACAAGCCAGAAAUCAACAGGGGGCCAGUUAUCAAGAUCAACGCUAAUGCUCGCUACGCUACAAACUCUCCUGGAAUCGUUUUGAUGCAUGAAGUGGCUCGUUCCGCUGUAGCUAAGAGCAAUAUUUCAUCAGACUCUAUUGUGCCAAUGCAGUUGCUGGUCGUUCGUAACGACUCUAGCUGCGGUAGUACCAUUGGUCCUAUGCUUUCGGCGGCACUAGGAUCGAGAACCCUGGAUCUCGGAAGCCCACAGCUGAGCAUGCACAGUAUCCGAGAGACCGGUGGAACGAAGGACGUUGCGCUUGCAACCAGGCUGUUCACUAGCUUCUUCGAGAACUAUACCACUUUGGCGCCCAAGAUCCUUGUUGAUUAG